UGUUUCUGUGCGGCAGUGUUGUUUUGUUGCUGUGUCAGUUCUUUAUUCGGCUUCACUUGCUGAUACUUUAAUAACAUCGUUUUUUAUCUGCUGUCGUGUUUAUCAGCAUGGCAUCUUCUAACAAUUACAGACUCAGCUGCUCCGUCCCAGGACACGAAAUGGAUGUUAGGGGACUGGCAUCUACUUCAUUUCCCGAAGGCGCCUUUGUUUCUGUAUCUAGAGACAGAACUGGCAGGGUAUGGGUACCCAACAUCGGCCCGAACAGGAGUUUUACAGAAAUGCACUGCAUGCACGGUCACACCAAUUUUGUGUCCUGUGUGUGCAUCAUUGCUCCCAACGAAACCUACCCUCGAGGACUAAUCGCAACUGGGGGAAAUGACAACAACAUCUGUGUCUUUUCACUGGACAGACCUGACCCUCUAUACAUGCUUAAGGGUCACAAAAACACCGUUUGUACCCUCUCUGCUGGAAAAUUCGGGACACUGUUAAGUGGUUCGUGGGAUACUACAGCUAAAGUGUGGCUCAAUGACAAAUGCAUGAUGUCUCUGCAGGGUCACACAGCAGCUGUGUGGGCUGUAAAGAUAUUGCCUGAACAGGGAUUAAUGCUGACUGGAUCAGCUGACAAAAGCAUCAAACUGUGGAAAGCAGGCAGAUGUGAGAAAACUUACACGGGUCAUGAAGAUUGCGUAAGAGGGUUAGCUGUCGUGAACAACACUGAAUUCUUCUCUUGCAGUAAUGAUGCCAGCAUAAGAAGGUGGCACGUAGAUGGAGAAUGUCUGCAGGUUUAUUAUGGGCACACGAACUAUAUAUACAGUAUGUCAGUCUUCCCGAAUGGUCAAGACUUCAUUAGCACAGGAGAAGAUCGAUCCGUACGAAUCUGGAAAAAUGGUGAAUGUGCACAGACCAUCAGGCUUCCUGCUCAGUCAGUGUGGUGCUGCUGUAUUUUGGACAAUGGGGACAUAGUUGUUGGUGCAAGUGACGGUAUCAUCAGAGUCUUUACAGAGUCUGAUGAGCGGAUAGCAAGUGCUGAAGAUAUUAAGGCUUUUGAAAAUGAACUUUCUCAGUCUACAAUUGAUGCUAAAACAGGAGAUUUAGGAGAUAUUAAAAUGGAGGAACUUCCAGGGAGAGAACACCUAGAUGAGCCUGGUACCCGGGAUGGGCAGACACGGCUCAUUAAAGAUGGAGAGACAGUGCAGGCGUAUCAGUGGAGUGUCUCUGACAGUCACUGGGUGAAGAUUGGGGACGUCGUUGGCUCAUCUGGGGCAACACAGGAGACAUCUGGUAGAGUACUGUUUGAGGGAAAAGAGUAUGAUUUUGUUUUUACCAUCGAUGUAAAUGAAGGAGGUCCUUCAAUGAAACUACCUUAUAAUGUUGCUGAUGACCCUUGGUUAACAGCUCACAAUUUUCUGGAAAAGAACGACUUGAACCCCAUGUUUUUAGACCAGGUAGCCAACUUUAUCAUAGAGAACACUAAAGGAAAUACUGUGGGACGCACAGAGACAGGACACUCAGAUCCGUUUACAGGUUCGGGCCGCUAUGUUCCUGCUUCUGCUGGAGGCUCCAGUGCAAGUGGAGCAGAUCCCUUUACAGGUUCUGGGCGCUAUAUUCCUGGAUCUGGUCCAAGUACAGUUUCACCUGCUGGGGCAGUAGAUCCUUUUACAGGUGGAAGUGCUUACUCCUCUAAUGCACUGCAAUCAACAUCUGCUCCAACAAAUAUUUAUUUUCCGAAGACAGACCCUGUAAAAUUUGAGCAGGCAAAUGCAACACAGAUUUUGGCUAAGUUGAAGGAAUUAAACAGAGGAGCACCAAAUGAACAAAAGUUGUCUGAUGAUGGUAUCCAGAAGCUUGAAAAGCUGCUCUCAGCUGUCUCCAGUCUCGAUGCUGCAGAAAAACCUACAGCAGAGGAGAUUGAGAUACUGUGGAAAACUGCCCACUGGCCUGAAGAUAUUGUGUUUCCUGUCUUGGAUAUCCUUCGCCUAGCAGUGAGGCAUCCUGUGGUGAAUGAGCAGUUCUGCAAUGAGAAAGAUGGUGUUCAAUUUUGCAAUCACCUACUAAACCUGAUGGGCCCCCAGGGCAAACCAGCUAAUCAAAUGCUGGUCCUUAGGACCCUGUGCAACAGCUUUGCAGGCCAAUGGGGCCAGACUCUGCUGAUGUCAAUGAGGGAGAUGGUGAUGUCACGGGCAAUGGAACUGAGAGCGGUCAGCAACAAAAACAUUCAUGUUGCAUUGGCCACCCUGGUCCUUAAUUAUGCAGGGUGCCUGCAUAAGGUAGCUGACCUUGAAGGGAAGGCGCAAUGCCUUUCCAUGGUCAGCACUAUCCUUGAGGUGGUACAAGACAAGGAGGCAGUCUUCAGACUUCUGGUGGCACUGGGGACAACCAUCGGCAAUGACAGCACUGCAAGAGAUCUGGCACAUUCGCUGGGAGUUAAAUCUCAAAUCAAUAAAUAUUCCACUGUAACUGACCCAGCUAAAUUGGGGGAAUGCUGUAAGCUGGUUCUGAAUCAACUAUAACACUAUGUAACACAAUUUUUGUUCCUGGGUAGUAAGUGUUAUUUCCUAAUUGCUUAUGCCUCAA